AUGCCCAUUCUAGCGCUUAUGCCCAUCGUCGCCCUGCACGCUCCCUCCCCUCCCGUCGCCUUCGCGCACUCCCCUCUCGUCGCACACGCUCACUCCCCUCCGUCGCCCACGCUCACUGCCUUCCCGUCGCCCACGAUCACUCCCCUCCGUCGCCCAUGCUCAAUCCCUUCCGUCGCCCACGCGCACUCCGCUCGAACGAGCACGCUCACUCCCCUUCCGUCGCCCACGCUCACUCCCCUCCGUCGCACACGCUCGCCCACGCAUCCCCAUCCCGUCGCACCAUUCCUUCGUUUCCCCCAUCCGCGCUACCUCACAUGUCUCUGUUCCAACCGUCCUCCUUCCUCAUUCCCUCCUUCCCUCCCUCCAUCCCUCCCUGACUCCUCGCCACCAUCCGCCCUGCCAACCUACCUCCCUUCCUCAUUUCCUCCGGUUCUCCCUACCUUCCUCCCGUUCUUCCUUCUCAUCUCCCCUGUUCUCCCAUCUCGUCUCCCCACGCUCUCCUCUCUCAGCUUCCCCCGUGCUUCCUUCUCAUCUCCUCUCUUUCUCCCGUCUCAUCCCCUCACGUGCUCCCUAACUCAUUUCCUCUCUUGCUCCUUCUCAUCUCCUCAUGCUCUCUCGUCUCAUCUCCUCACGCUCUCCCUCCCUUCUCAUCUCCUCAUGCUCUCCUUCUCAUCUCCUCAUGCCCUCCUUCUCAUCUCCUCAUGCUCUCCCUUCUCAUCUCCUCAUGCUCUCCCUUCUCAUCUCCUCAUGCCCUCCUUCUCAUCUCCUCAUGCUCUCCCUUCUCAUCUCCUCAUGCUCUCCCUUCUCAUCUCCUCAUGCUCUCCCUUCUCAUCUCCUCAUGCUCUCCCUUCUCAUCUCCUCAUUCUCUCCUUCUCAUCUCCUCAUGCUCUCCCUUCUCAUCUCCUCACGCUCUCCCUUCUCAUCUCCUCACGCUCUCCCUUCUCAUCUCCUCAUGCUCUCCCUUCUCAUCUCCUCACGCUCUCCCUUCUCAUCUCCUCACGCUCUCCCUUCUCAUCUCCUCACGCUCUCCCGUCUCAUGGCAUGAGAUGGUACGGACAAACAAAAUGUGCCGCACAGGGUGGCGAUCCACGAGGCGAUGCAGCAGCAGGCCAUGCGUCUCACUGUGUGCUUCGCCUCUGCCUGUGCGCCAUGCGUCCCACAGGAGUGGCGAUCCACGAGGCGAUGCAGCAGCAGGCCAUCAGCAUCGCCAAGGCGGGUAUCACCACCCACCUCCCCAGCCUGCCCUCGGGGUGA